AUGAUGGAGAUACAGAAAGGAGCUGAGCUCUGUUUCCCACAACUCCUCAACAGUUCCUGCAGGAAGCGGACACUUCACUGGUCCAAAGCUGUGCUCCUGAACAUUGUGCUGUCCUUCAUCUCUCUGAUCACUGCUGCUCUCAACCUGCUGGUCAUCAUCUCAGUCUCUCAUUUCAGGCAGAUACACACACCCACUAACAUCAUCCUCCUCUCUCUGGCUGUCUCAGACUUUUUCGUUGGCCUCCUGUUGAUGCCGUUAGAAAUCAUUAGAAUCACAGCCUGCUGGGUGCUUGGUGAUCGCAUGUGUUCUCUUUAUGUUUAUCUGACAUCCAGUCUUGUCUGUACUUCAAUAGGGAACAUUGCCCUUAUAUCAGUUGACCGCUAUGUGGCUAUUUGUGACCCUCUGCAUUACCCCACCAGAAUUACUGUGCCUAGAGUCAAACACAGUGUUUGUCUGUGUUGGUUUUAUUCAACAGUGUACAACAUUUUUUACACAAAGGACAUUCUGAUUGAACCAGACAGAUAUAAUUCCUGCUAUGGAGAGUGUGUGUUUGUUGUCACUGAAAUUACAGGGAUUGUUGAUCUUAUUUUAUUCUUUAUUGUUCCAGUUUCUGUCAUCAUAGUUCUGUAUAUGAGAGUGUUUGUGGUGGCUGUGUCUCAGGCUCGUGCCAUGCGCUCUCAUGUUACAGCUGUCACACUUCAGCGUUCACUGAAUCAAACAAACAGAUCUGAGCUGAAAGCAGCCAGGACUCUUGGGGUUCUUGUAGUUGUGUUUCUGUCAAGUUUCUGUCCAUUUUACUGCUACUCACUUGUUGAGGAAAAUGUAGUCAAUGAUCCAUCUGCAUCUACUGUGAUCAUUUUCUUUUACUUUAACUCUUGUCUAAACCCUUUGAUCUAUGCCUUGUUUUACCCCUGGUUCAGGAAUGCUGUUAAACUUAUCAUCACUCUGAAGAUCUUGAAGCAUGACAGCAGUGAGGCAAAAAUACUAUAA